UGCCCUCUGCCUCUCUCCCUCUGCCCGCUACGCUUGAAGCAUGGGAGCGCUCACCAGCAGGCAGAACGCCGGCGUGGAAGAGGUGGACAUCCCGUCUAAUUCCAUCUACAGAUAUCCUCCUAAAUCCGGAAGCUACUUUGCUAGUCAUUUCAUCAUGGGAGGCGAGAAGUUUGAUUCUACACACCCUGAGGGGUACCUCUUUGGCGAGAACAGCGACCUCAACUUCCUUGGGAACAGACCUGUAGCGUUUCCUUAUGCUGCCCCACCACCGCAGGAGCCAGUGAAGACAUUGAGAAGCUUGAUCAAUGUCCGCAAGGACACAUUGCGCCUAGUCAAGUGUGCAGAGGAAGUGAAGACACCGGGAGAGGAAGUCAGCAAAGCAAAAGUCCAUUACAACGUGGAGUUCACAUUUGAUACUGACGCACGGGUGGCUAUCACAAUUUAUUAUCAAGCUACUGAGGAAUUCCAGAAUGGAGUUGUGAGCUACAUCCCCAGAGACAACAGUUUGCAGUCCGAGACUGUCCAUUACAAGCGAGGAGUGUGCCAGCAGUUCUGCCUCCCCUCCCACACUGUGGAUCCCUCUGAAUGGACUGAGGAGGAGCUGGGCUUUGAUCUGGACCGUGAAGUCUAUCCCAUGGUGGUUCUUGCAGUGGUGGAUGAGGGAGAUGAUCAUAUGGGUCACUGCCACGUUCUACUGGCCACUUUUGAGAAGCAUGCCGAUGGAAGCUUUUGUGUGAAGCCCCUCAAACAGAAGCAAGUGGUGGAUGGUGUGAGUUACCUGCUUCAGGAGAUCUAUGGAAUAGAAAACAAAUACAAUAACCAAGAUUCCAAGGUGGCGGAGGAUGAGGUGAGCGACAAUAGUGCAGAAUGUGUGGUCUGCCUCUCAGAUGUCCGGGAUACCUUGAUCUUACCUUGCCGCCACCUUUGCCUCUGCAACACCUGCGCCGACACCUUGCGCUACCAAGCCAACAACUGCCCCAUCUGCAGGUUGCCAUUCCGGGCCUUACUGCAAAUCAGAGCCAUGAGGAAAAAGCUUGGACCUCUUUCCCCAACAGGCUUCAACCCCAUCAUCGCCUCCCAGACAUCAGACUCAGAAGAACACUCGUCGUCAGAGAACAUCCCUCCGGGCUAUGAAGUGGUCUCCCUUCUGGAAGCCCUUAAUGGGCCUCUCACCCCGUCCCCAGCAGCCCUGCCACUCCACGUGCUUGGGGACAGCCAUGUGCCAGGCAUGCUGCCUUCGUACGGCAGUGACAGCCACCUGCCUCCUGUCCGGACACUCUCUCCCCUGGAACACCUGUCGGAUUGCGGCAACCAGGGGCUCAAGCGAAAGAAAAGCCUCUCUAAGUCAAUCUCCCAGAAUUCCUCAGUAUUACAUGAAGAGGAAGAUGAAAAGACCUGCAGUGAAUCUGAAAUCAGGAUUUCCAGAAGGAAGUCUCCUCAUCCUCAUGAGGAGGAAUGUGGUGUGACACCAGAAAGUGAAAACCUCACCUUAUCCUCCUCAGGAGCAGUAGACCAAUCUUCAUGUACAGGGACACCUCUCUCUUCUACUAUCUCUUCCCCUGAAGAUCCCGUUAGCAGCAGUCUGGCCCAGUCGGUCAUGUCCAUGGCCUCCUCCCAAAGCCAGCAUUCUGAGAUCAGCACUGACACGCUGUCUUCCAUGUCAGGCUCCUACGUCGCGCCCGGCACCGAGGAAGAGGGAGACAUGAUCCCGUCCCCUGCUGUGGCCAGUGGGUUACCUUCCGAAGGAGAUUCAACCCCUGUGGAAUCGCCCGAUGCAAACUUUGUCAGUAUCUCAGCAGAGGAGCAAGAUGCAGAGGGGAAUGAUGUCAUGGAGGAAGAGGACGCCUCUCCCACACAGGAAGAUGGCCAAAGGACAGGCGCAUACCUAGGUAUGGAGUGUGACAAUAACAAUGACAUUGGCAACGCAAGCGUGAAAGCACUGGACAAUAAGCUGUGCUCUGAGGCCUGCUUACCUGGUAUCCAGACAUCAGCUGACAAUUCCCUGAAUCACAGCCAGACCCUGAGGCACCACUUCUCUACCUGCAACAUUGACCUGGAGUAUGAUGAAGACGUGCAGUGCAUGCUAGGACCCCUGUGUCCUCGAUGAUGUCACUUGGUUUGGAGGGGCACUAAACAUAUUUUCCCUAAAACACUAUAAGGAGCAAAGAGCAGGGAAGCUGUGGGCAAUAUCAGUUUUGGGAAUCAAUCUCUCUCUUUCUCUCUCUCACUCCACACACACCUCCUAGCAUUCUUAGUGAUUGUUCCAAACGCCCCAUAUAGCAUUCAGUCUGAACUUGCAGUACUAGCGGCUGAAUGACUUGAGCUGGAUUUGAUGGCCGUUGCCUCUAUAAAUGUGCGUCCUUUGUCUUGCCAGCGCAGCAUUCCUUUUCGUUUACUGACACUUUAUGGUGUAGCCAAAGCCUUGUUUGGCGAUCGCCAUCACACCAGCCUCCCUUUAGUAGCAAUGACAUUCAUCCUGCUUCCUCUGUUGCAGUGUGUGGCUGUAAAACUGUAAUGCCGGUAGGAGAUAAAUCCGCACUGCAAACCUCUACAUUGUCACAGCUCCUUUUUCCAUCCACAUAGUGGAAAACAGGAUAUCUGACACCACCUGAUGUCUGCAGCACACCUGGUAGCAGAAGAAAAGAGAUUGUCAUUCCUUUCAACACCUCAGCUCCUCUCUAUAGUCUUUGAACCGUCUUUCAAACUUCCCUGGAUAAAAGAUUCCAGACUGUGACUAGGGGCCCAUUGUGGGAGACGUGGGGUCCAUUUUGUAGGGUUCUGCAAGACCUGGGCUGUCCUGAAUUACAGACCACAACACCAGCUCAUAGAGGUGAAACAGUGCAAAGAAUCUUCAUUUUAAACGAAGGGGCUUUUAGCAGUUCCGCCUUGGCAUGGGGACGAGGUAUCUGUCCAGUCAACAGAGCAAAUACAAAAGGGAGAAUUCACUCAUACACACUCACCACAUGCAUUCCUAUGAAUUUGUGAUACUGUCAUGAGUGAAACGAGACCUGAAGUUAACUAUGCAUGAAGGUGUAGCCGAGAAAAGAAGAGGCCCAAGUAGCAAGUCACAGGAGCAUUGCUAAGUGCAAUAUUUGUGAAGUUUGUUUUGUUUUUUAAGUAAGGCAUUGUCUCUUGAACUCUCUGCAUGGCAUUACUUAAAGUGUGGACUCCAACUACAUGGAUAAAAUGGACAUACUGGGUUAUGCAUUUGUUUAAUGGUUAAGAUGGUUUCCUUGGUGGUAAGUGUGUAGAAAUCAUUUUGAAGCAGCGAUUCCCA